AUGUUUGUAAAAGUCUCCCUGACCUGAUCCUGAUUUGGGGGGGAUUCUUCACUAAUUAUACUCCCUGCUCCUGGGAAUGCUUCUCCAUGCAGUCAGGUCACCUAUUCCAGCUCCAGCUCCACUUUAUCCAGCUAAUUGUGUUUAUUCCUACAAACAGACACAAAGUGUUAAAAGCCCAAAGGAAGAGAAGCAGACCAGGGAUGGACAGUGUUUUAAACCUGAGAAGUUCUACACCUGAAACUGUGUCAGAGGAGCAUCCACGUUCUUCCGUUUCCUGAUCUGUCCUCCUCGUCUCCAUCCCUCCCCACUGCAGUCUCUCCUCUGCAUGAAUUCACUCCUGGUUGCAGAAGGUGAAGGAGAUCUCAGCUUUCCCAGCUUCACUUUGGAGCUGCAGAAAAACUCCCGGAAGGUUUCCUCCGUCUCUGCAACUGCUUCACAGAUCAGCCAUCGUCACUAAAACCUGAAACAUCAGACAAGCAGGUAGGAUGCAGCGGAUCAGGGAAGGUAUCCACAUUCGGACCAUGAAGGCCAAGAGGAAAGUGGAGGAGAUUUCUAAAGAAGAUGUCCAGGCCUUCCUGAAGAAGAAUGCCUUUGUUCUCUUCACAGUUGGAGCAGUAAUUGUAGGAAUCAUCCUGGGAUUCGCUCUGCGUCCGUACAGGAUGAGCUACCGGGAAGUGAAGUACUUCUCCUUUCCUGGAGAGGUUCUGAUGAGGAUGCUGCAGAUGCUGGUCCUGCCUCUGCUCGUCUCCAGCCUGAUAACAGGGAUGGCAGCUCUGGACAGCAAAGCUUCAGGAAAGAUGGGCAUGAGAGCGGUGAUUUACUACAUGACCACGACCAUCAUCGCAGUCUUCAUCGGGAUAAUCAUCGUCCUCAUCAUCCAUCCAGGAAAAGGCUCCAAAGAUGAGUUUGGGAAACAGCAGACCAUCGAACAAGUCAGCCCUGCUGACGCCUUCUUAGAUCUGAUCAGAAAUAUGUUCCCACCAAACCUGGUCCAAGCCUGCACACAGCAGUUCAAAACCAAAUACGGAAGGCGAAAGGUCCAUGUGACAGUUACAGUGAACGACACCCUCUUCAACUCCACAAACGGCACCCAGGAGGUCAUGGAAAUCACCAGGGAGGAAGUGAUCCCGGUACCUGGUCAGGUGAACGGGGUCAAUGCUCUCGGGUUGGUGGUCUUCUCCAUGUGCUUUGGUCUAAUAAUUGGCAACAUGAAGGAGCAGGGUCAGCUCCUGAGAGACUUCUUUGACAGCCUCAAUGAAGCCAUCAUGAGCCUGGUUGCCAUCAUCAUGUGGUACGCUCCGAUCGGUAUCCUGUUUCUAAUUGCAGGAAAGAUCGUGGAGAUGGAUGAUCUGACGCAGAUGGGUGGACAGCUGGGCAUGUACACCAUCACAGUCAUCAUUGGGCUGCUGAUUCAUGGCGUUUUGAUUCUGCCCAUGCUUUAUUUUGUCAUCACUCGACAGAAUCCCUUCAUCUUCAUUGCUGGGCUCCUGCAAGCUCUGGUCACAGCUUUGGGAACAUCUUCCAGCUCUGCAACGCUGCCCGUCACGUUUAAAUGUCUGGAAGAGAACAACAAGAUCGAUAAGCGGAUCACGCGGUUUGUGCUCCCAGUUGGUGCCACCAUCAACAUGGAUGGAACGGCUCUGUAUGAGGCGCUGGCGGCCAUCUUCAUCGCUCAAGUCAACAAUAUGGAGAUGAACUUUGGUCAAAUCAUCACCAUCAGCAUCACAGCGACUGCAGCCAGCAUUGGAGCUGCUGGUAUCCCCCAGGCGGGCCUGGUCACCAUGGUUAUUGUUCUGACCUCUGUUGGACUUCCUACUGAUGACAUCACUCUGAUCAUUGCAGUUGAUUGGUUCCUGGACCGUCUUCGUACCACCACCAACGUCCUGGGAGACUCAAUCGGAGCUGGAAUCGUGGAGUUCCUGUCCCGACAUGAGCUGCGCAGCAAAGAUGUGGAGAUGGGGAACUCUGUGUUGGAGGAGAAGGAGAGGAAGAAACCUUACAAGCUCAUCUCCCAGGACAGUGACUUAGAAAACGACAAACGCACUCACAGCGAGUCCAACAUGUAGCUGUGACCAUCAUCCCACAGCUGGUUCCGCUGACCCAAGUAGGGACCUAAUGUCUGAUUUUGUCCUCAGCAUUCGUAGAACCGGUAGAUUCUGUUGACUUCUGUCUGGUGUUACCUUCUCUCAUUCAUAACUAGGCUGACUGGAAUAUAUGUUGUAGUAAAUGUUAAAUUAUGCAUUAAAAGGUAAAACCUUUUAAUGUUAAUGUAGGAGGAAAAGCUGCCUGCUGGCAACAAAAAGGGAAGAAAUCAUAACUAUCGCUUUAAAAUUCAUUUUUUACUAUGAAUUAAAUGUUCUCAUUUAAGUUCUGGUUCUGAACAUCUUGGACCUUUUUAAAAGUUUAAACUAAGAUCAAGUUUUUGGUUUUAUCGACCUUUUUACAGUCCUUGAACUACCCGUGUCUUCUGCUGUAAAUGUCUGAUAAUAAAUGUGAUUUUAUGUAAAAACUAAUCGGCCAUGUUGUGAAAACAUUCCUCAUAUUUUGUUAAUUAUAAAAAUAAAUCCUGUUAAAUAAAGAGAAUAAACUUU